UUUACAAAAUGCACGUCAACGCACCACAUUUGCUUUUGCUUUCAAUGAUUCCCAAUGCUUAGGCACGGAGCUAUUCCUGUUCAGAAGAGCCAUACUGUGUAGUUCAAUCUGAUCUAGGGGGAAGUUUGUGUCACCACAGCCGAACCUCCAUUCGCUUUGAACGCCCAGCAGAGCCUGAAACCACGAUGCGGUUCUUCCUGUUCUUCGCCUGUGUAAUCCACGCAGGAAACUGGGCACAUGGCUGUGAAAUUAAGUUCACUCCCCCGAUGGUUUAUGUGGAAUUUGGAGGUUCUACAUCAGCCAACUGCAAAGCAUUAUGCAACAAUACGGAGGGGAUUGGUUGGGAGUCUUCAUUUGGAGGAACUGGUCUUAAACAGGGACUCACCACUUUAGAUGUGAACCUUAAGGAUGUUAACGACUGGAAUACUGCACCAAAAUGUUAUAUAUUGCUUUCCAAUGGUGUACAGGAUAUUGUACCGCUACCAAUCACUGUCUACAAAAUGCCAAAGAAGGUAUUUAUGUCAAAGCCUCCGAGCCCUCUGAUGGCCGAUAAUGAAUAUCAUCUCUUAAAGUGCUCAGUUCAUGAUGUUGCACCAGUGAACAGGCUUGUCAUAUCCUGGCACAAAGGAGAUAAAAUGGUCUAUGAGAUGAAGUUUGAAGGUGCCGAUCGACGUCCAGUCAAUAAGUCUGUUGAAACAACAAUAAUCAUUGAUGCAGAGGAUAAUGGAAAGAAGGUCUGGUGUGAAGUAAAGCUAGACUUCCCAGCAGAUCAAAGACCUCAGCCUAUGCAAUCAGAGAAGCAUGAAUUAACAGUUUACUAUCCACCAACCUUCACCGAGCCUGAAAACGAGACCCUGGAAAAUGUUGUUGGUACAAAAAUAUCUUUGAACUGUACGGCUACAGGAAACCCUACUCCAGUUUACAAGUGGGACUUUGCAGACUCUACGCUAAAGGGGAUGCCGAAGCAAAAUGCUACUGGGUCGAUUUUUACUUUGGAUUUUAGAACUCCAGUAGUCUACAAAUGUGUAGCCUCUAAUGCUGCUGGUGAAAGAACCAAAUAUUUCCACCUCAACCAACCUGAAGGGAAUUAUACCACCAUGGCAGCCCUGUUGGGAGUAUUUCUGACUCUGGGAGCUGUGAUCAUCAUCAUUGGUGCCAUUUUUGUGACAAGAAAUGGAUCGUGUGCUCUCCCAAGAACUAUCUAUUAACCUGAAAUCUGACUUUUGCAUAAUUUAGUGUUGGAUGGCUUUACUGUAAGUUUUUGUGCUUGGUGAAACAUUUUUUUCAUUUAAGAACUGAGUGCUUUUAUUGGUGGUGCAUGUUCAGAGCCUGUUUGUACAUGCUUGGAUCUGUAGUUUUAGAAAUGCUGAAUUUGUCUUCUGCCUUUAAGAUUUCCAAAUUAUUGGCACUGUGGAAACAAACUUCCCCUUUCCAGGUUGCACUAACUGUGUUUCUUAACCUUAAUAAAGCUCCACCAUCACAACAUUAGUAAUGUGAUGGUGGCAAAUGUGGCAAACUUACUUCAGGAAAUUAUGGACAUUCAAAGUCUUCUCUGGUAUCAGUUUUUCUUCUCAAUUGACUCAUUUGUAUUUCAGGUUGCCGUAACUACUGUGUUAAAGUGGUACUUUGGCUUUUUGUGCUGCAAUACUGCCUAUUUGACACAAGACUGGUUUCUCAGAUGCAUGUUGUCAUAUUUACUGGGAUAAAAAGGUGUUGCAUCCCUCUAACAUUAAGCCAAAGCUAAAAGCACAGUACCUUUUUUCAUUUCCCAAAAGUCAAAUAUCUUCUAUUAGUGUUAAAAUGUUAGCUUUUAGAAAAAUAUUCUGUGAAGAUUGUGAGGUGGUAAAUAGCACUAAGUUGAAGCUCCAGCAACACUUGAAAUACUGAGGAAAUGAGUUUACUCAUCACGAUGUCACAGGCGGAAAUGUCGCAACCUGACAAUGAAGUUUUCUCAACAUUUCAAGUGUUGGUGGAGUUUCCACCUCAUCACAUCUUUAUCCAUUUUUAUGCACCUUGACGUUUCGCUAGAAACGUUAGCAUCUAUAAUUCUCCAACCCAAUUUUCUGAACAUGUUAAAGUACCAUUUGGGACAUAUUUCAUCUUUCACCCAUCUGCAACAACCGACGGGAGAAAGUCGUCUCUUGGACGGUUUUCCGAGAGUCCAAACAAAACUAUUGGAUCAACCAGAUAUUUUCUUGCUAUACCCAUAGUCUCUAACUUAGCAGCAACAGAAAGUUUCUUUUCUCCAUAUCAAUCCAAAUGAGUUUUUUAUUCAAAAUUAAGUGGUUUUGAUCUUUUCCAGAGAAUCCAGAACAUUUAAAGAAUCAGGCAAACAACAGCAAUUGACCCAUUUGAAGUUACCCAGACUUACUAGCUCUGGGUAACUUCUUCCUUUAGCUUAUCAUGUUGACUAUCCUACAUUUUUUGCUAAUUAAUUGACUUAAAUGUAAUUAAUGAAUGUGUGGCUUUUUGAGUUUCUGUGAGGCUGCAGUUCACGGCAUGGGUACUUUCUCUCUUUUUUUUGUUCAAAUGCAUUAUAACAUUGUUACUUGAAGUUUGCUUGCUUGUGCUGUUAAAAUAAAUUGUUUGCACUUUUCAAAGACCAUUUUUAAUGAAUGUGCAACAAUAUGUUAUAAUUUCAUUCCUACCACAAGCACAGAGUUUUUUUAAACACAAGCCCUGACUAAGAGAUGGUUUGGAAAUAGAUAAAGCAAGCUUGGGUUAAUUUUUUAAUAUGACUUUCACAAAGCUCCAUCCUCAGUCCUGUUAAAAAUAUUUCCUAUGCUGUAAAACCAGUUUUGUACCACAGAAACAACCAGAUUAAAUUAUCUUCACCCACUGAGAAGAGUGCAGAAAUUAUAAAAGGAACCUGGUGGAUUCAAAAUGUGUGUGGCUGAAGGGCAGCUUAGUUUUUUGUUGUUUUUUUUUUACAGCUUCAGCCAAAGCAACUGUCUUCUUGAUUUGGACAUAAUUGUAGUUGUUGAUCCAGCAGGAGGUAGUUUGUGCUGUUGAUUUCAGGCUCAUGUUGAUGCUAAACUGGCAUAACCUUUCAUCAAAAAUCUGAGAAUUUCCAUGUUGGAUGUUCAUUAUUAUAUUUUAGCCUUGACUUAUGGCUUGUUAAAUUUAUGCAUUUUCAUUUAAGCGUAGUGGGUCAAAUUUAAGGAUUUAUUUUUUAUUUUGUAAUUUUUGUUUUAUGUUUGGAUGCCAUCUAGCAAAUCUACAGUAAUGUUACAAAGCACAACUCCAUGCAGUGCAAAUUUUUUUUUAAAUCCACUGCAUGGAGUGAAUUACAUACAAAUUGUGAGGAUACAUGUACAAAUUUUGAGUUUCUGCAAUUUAAGUUUUUUUUUUAUUUUACUGUUUGCUGUGUGGCACCUUGAUAAUGUUUAUUUUGCACUGAGUAAACCUACAAACCAUGCAAUAGAUUAUUAUAUAUUAACAUGUUUUAUUAUGAAACAAAAAACUGAUAAAAGAAAAAUAUUUUUGUGAGAUCUAAGUUAAUUAAAACAUGUUGGUUUUAUUAGUGUUCUUUUACUAAAUUAAAAGGUUGAAAUAUUUUGUCGUCACUUUUUUAUGUUGUGAAUAGCUUCAAGUAUAAUAGAUUCAACAAAUGUUUCCUUUCUCCACUUUGUCAGUCGCUUCCCUCGCUCUAUCAGCCUUAUAUCAUUAAGCACUGAGUAAUCUGCACUUAUUACAUCAAAUGUCAGAAUAUUAUAGAGGAGUUUGUGUAAUUCUUUUUCUGACACAAUAAAGCUUUGAUCUUAUUAUUAUUAUUGUCUUAAAACUGACUUAUUUUUCUUCUAUCAUUUCCAACACUUAGCUGAAAAAGUGAGGAAAUGUUUUUGUAUUUUCUCUGCUGCUAUAACAACCUGGCAGCUGGGCUUCCACACUGGUCGAGUUCAAAGAUAAAAGCUUUACUAUCAGGAUACUCAUCCUGCGAACUUGUUGGGGCAUAUUUAAAGCUGUGAGUAAUGUGAGAAUACACACAAGUAGUCUGCAGCGCGGCCAUUUGCAACACUGAAUGAUUGUAUGUGCCGCUCAAUAGUUCAGGAAUGACAUAACUUUAGUUUGCGAAAUCAUUUGAUUAGUCCAGAUACAAAUAUGUUGCGGUAACUUUCUCACUGAUUAGAAUAUUCUAUAUUUCCUAAACAUAUUGUGUAAUUCUAAACAUUAAAAUAAUAAAUAUGUUUUCACAAUUUUUGCAAAAAAAAUAAAAAAUCCAAUUUUGUGGCUCUUCAAAAUACUUUAAAUUUAACAUUCUGACCCUUUCAGUAAUGCAAAUAAAAAUGAGGUGUGAUGAAAAUGCUGAUACCAUUUUUUAGCAUUUGUUUACUGUUAUAUCUGCUGUAUAUUUGUACUCCUGCAAAAUAUGUUUCAGGUGCAGGCGCUUCUGCAGCUGUGAUGAGAUAAGAGAACUAAAAUAUCCUGUGCAAAAUACCUGUCCUUGCAGUUGCCAUAUAUAUUGAAUGCAUUUCCUGUUCUGGUCUGUGCUGUUGAAUUUUCACUGUAUAACACUGUGGAAUUUUCUCUGUGAGCAUAGGCAUGUCUCUCUGUGAAGACAUGCCCAUGCUCUGAAGAGAAAAAAUACUGAAGGUCUGCAAGCUCUCGUUGGGCCCUGGGAUGCAUGAUAUGCCUAUGUACUAUGAUCCUUCACAAUCAGAAUGAAACUGAGGAAGGCUAAACAUUAACAGGAUGACACAUCUGUGAGAAAAUGACGUGGCUCUGACUUGGUUCUCACCAAACCAGUUCUUUUCAAAAAACAAGUUAAGAACCACUGCCAGCACUUAAGUGGAAGAGUCAAUUGUCAUCGCCAAGUAGAAUGACAUGGGUUUAAAUAAAUCCCAUGACAUUCUAUUGCUUUUAAAGGGGCAGUAUUACGUAUUUUCCAGGCAUAUAAUACCACUACCUGGCAAGGUGUCUGAUAAUAGACAUCACCAACUUUUUUUUUUUUUUUGCUUUGUGCAAGAACAACAAUGGGCCACACAAUGCACCCCUGUAUUUUUUCCAUUGUAAUUUUGUUCCUGGGUAGGCUAAGAGUUUUCUUGCUUGUGCAGAGACAGUAAGUUUAUCUGUCUUAUAAUGGGUUUUGGGGAAGUUAGAAAAUAAUUUGGCUGAGACAUGCUGCAUUUAAAUUUUGUGAAAAAAAUAGACCAUAUUAAAAAAGAACCCAAAUUAUAUCUGUUAAAAUUUUGAGUUUAGCUUCUGAAAACAUAAGCUUAACUCAAAGUUACAUUAUCUCAUUAUUUCUUUGUGUGGAGGAAAAUAUUAAAACAGAGCAUUUAUGUGUGGAAUUUCCAUGUGAAGCAUGGUCAAAUCAAAUGUUUACAAAUGUAUUUAUCUAUGAAAUUAGCAUGUAUGACAUUUCAUUCUAUGUUUUUUUUUAAGAGCUGGGCUUGGUUCUUUUAAAAUGUCUUAAAAUAUUUGCAAUAUAUUUUAUCUGUUUUUGUACAAUAAUACUUUUGCUUUGGAAUAACCAUUAAGCAAUGCCUAAGGGAAUUACCAAAAAAAUUAGUAAUUUAGAUCAAAAUGAUCAAGUCAGGACAUUUGUUUGCAGGGACUCUGAAAUAACUUUCAGUCUCAGCUGUUGUUCUGCCAGUUGAGGUAUAACAUAAAGCAGUCGAUAAAGAGUUUAUCUUUCACUGAGUAAACUUGAAAAACAAUAUCAUUUCUGUGUUACCCUUUGCAUGUGCUACAUUCUGAAAUGGUUCUACUGUAAAAUAAUUUGUGUAUAAAAUCAUUUUUUUUAAAGCACAAAACUGUUUUAGAAAAUGUUCAUAUAUUACAAAAUCUAACUCCAAUUAACAAUUGUUGUUUUCUUACAUCAGUGUUGUUUUAGUUCAACCAAGUUAAGAGGUUAAAAUAUUGUGGCAUUACUCUUUUCUGUUGUGAACAUCAUUAAUCAGAACAUAGAUUUAGCAAAUGUUCAGUCCAUUGCCUCUGUCAGACAGCCUCACAUUAAAAACCACUGCCAUCUACUGAUUAUAUCCUGACAUCAUUGUGAAUGUAAAGAGUCUCCUCUCUUCCACUGGUAAAAUAAAACUAUUUUUUAAAUCA